AUGGGCUGGCACUGCGAGUCGGACCGGACGCUUGCGGACCUUCUCCUGCGAAUGGAGAGGGACGACGACGAGGAGGCCCGGAGGGUGCGCGAUGCCCUGGCCCAGGAGGUCGCCCGCCUUCGGACGGCGCGCGAAGCGGCGGAGCGGACGAGCCAAAGGCUGCGCGGGGAGCGAAAUACUCUCCGCGAGGAGCGCGACUCCGCCCGCCGGGACUUAGACGUCCGGGCGCGGAACUUGGAACUCCUCGGGGAGGUCGAGCGCGGCCGGGAUCGUUUGGAGGAAACGGAGGCCGUCGUGGCCAAAAUCUCCAGAGAGAACUCCGGGCUCCGCCAGCAACUGGAAACGGCUACCACUACCCUCUCCAGACUAGCGGAGAAAGACGCGGAGCCCUUGCGAAAAGAGGAUGGGGCCUCGCAGGGUGUGGAGGCAGAGGUCGCUGAGUCCGAUGACACGGAUACGGACACCGACGAGGACGAGGAAGCGGUGGCGGCGCGGUGGAACAACGGUCUAGCUGCCAAGUUGGGGUGUGGUGGGGUGAUCUUGGCGCUAGUUGAGACGAACACUGGCUUCGCCAUUUUCAUGUACGAUGGGAUAAAGCUCCUUGAAAAAGAUGCCCUUCAGAAUAUCUGGGUAGAGUUUGCGGAUCAUACUGUGGCACAAAGAGAAAUAUCUUGCCUGUGUGGUGAUACUGUGGAGGAGUUGAUGUGGGGCUUGAAGGUUCAGAUGCCAUAUUUAUUGCCUGCAGAAAAAUCUAUGUUGGAUGAAAAGGAUUGCUUCCCAAUGAGUAAAGGAAUGAAACAGCUUCUAAAUAGCUAUAGCUUUAUAUUGGAACCAAAAGAUAUGAAGGUUACUAGACAUAUUAUUAACUUGGCAGGUAUGGUGCGUGAGUGUGAUCGUUGUGUGAAGAAACAUGAUUACUCCUUGCGGAGUGCUGCUGAGCACCUAAAGAGAAUAUCUCACAUUGACACUAAGGAAUGGGAUUUAAUGAAACUUGCAACUGCACUGAAGAUGAUAUGUUACCCUGAAGAAAAAACUGUAGCAGCUUCAUUGCUGUUUUCAAAACGUGUUCUGCUGAAGCUAAAGAAGGAUGCACCUAAAUAUGAGGGCAAGAUAUUGAAGGAGCCCCUCUUGAUCGUGUAUAAAGGAAUGUACUUGGCCCGUCGUACUAGAUCCAGUGCCCUUCGGAAAUUGAGCCGUUUGCUGGGACAAAGGGAAAUAAUUCAAGAAGUCGUUGCUCAACUUACAGAUUGCAACGAAAGUCUUUGGGCGGAAUGCAAUAAAAGACAGAAUCCACCAACUCCUGCACCAGCUGAUGUGCUCGGGAGAUAUACUUGUAUUUCCAGCCAUCAACUUCAUAAGACGAAUGAACCUGGCAUCUUAUCUAUGCAUAUGCAUCCAUCAAAGGACGUUGUUGCCACUGGGGGUAUUGAUACCAAUGCAGUAUUCUUUGAUCGGCCGUCUGGUCAAAUUUUGUGCACGCUUACUGGUCACUCGAAGAAGAUAACCAAUUUGAAAUUUGUUAAUGGGGAUGGACUCUUCAUAACUGGAUCAGCAGAUAAGGAUCAACUGGGGAGCUGGCAAGGUCGUCAUAGAGUACCGUUCGGUCUCCACAAGCUGGACUGACGAACGAUGAGAAGAGGCGAUCCGCAGUGGUGCCCCAGGAUGAGGACAGAACACCGCUGCAUGCUGCUGGCGCGGUGAUGCUGGCGCCGUCUCUGCCGUACGCUACCGAGGGCAGCCAGGGGAGGGCAGCAGCUUCAGCUGGGAAGCAGGCCCCCUUGACGUCCACCAACACGCGAUCGCCGGUCGUGACACCUGCAGCGGCGCAUUUGGACGCCUUGCUGCCGGCCUCACAUAGCAGCCACACAGCAUCUUUGGUGGCUUCCGCAUCGGGCGACGCCUCAGGAUCUGUCAGUGAGGGGGUGAGGACUCCAUCUAAGGCUAUCCAGUCACCACAGAUAGCAUCACCAAGGACCCGGGCUGCAGUUGCUACUCCAACAGCAGCUGACGAGCCAGUUAUGGACAAGGCAAUGAGACGCACCGCUGCAAAAAAUCUGAACCCCCAGGCGACCCCAUGCAAGAGCACAGGAAUCAGCUCUCCUGCAGGUACUCUACAGGACUACGCACUUAGGCUACCCUUCAACAGCCUACUUCGCAGGAGGCUUUUGUUGCGGCCUCUCGGUUCUUGGAGCAGGUGGCCAAGGAUAUUUUCUCCCAGGCGCAUGAGUGGCGAUCUAGUCAUAGGAUUGAUAGUCACUAGUAUUUGGCUUUGUGUCGGACUCAUUUUAGGCUGUGUGCUUUUUGAGGCAGAGGCCGGGAUCGUUUUCAAGACGUAUCUUCUCGAUGUAACAUCUCGAAAUCAAUAAAGUUCCCCUUUCAAAAAAAGGUAACUGUAUCAAUAACACUUCCACUGAAACUGGCCUAAGCCUCUGUGGCUUUGCAAAAUUUAGUAUACAUACCUGCAUGCAUCAAAA